AUGUUUGUAGACGUAAACUUUAAUGUGAAGCGCCGUUUUUCCUUCUUUUAUGAUGGUGGAGACUCUAAGACGUCGCAAGCAUCCGUUAGUUCUUCCACGAUGACGGUCCCAAUGUACCACAAGAGCUCAACUCACAGCCGUUUGUUACUCUCACAGCUUGCCGAACUUCGUGACGAUUCCCGGCUUUGUGAUGUUGCACUUGUUGUGAAGGGAACCCGAAUCAAUGCUCAUCGACUUGUCUUGACUGCAUGCUCGAACUAUUUCAAGGCAAUGUUUACGGGAGAAAUGGCAGAAAGCCGUUUACAGGAGAUUGAAAUGGUCGACAUGGAUGCUCACACGUUGGAUGCACUAGUCAAUUUUUGUUACUCUGGUGAAAUAAAAAUCACAGAUGUUAACGUUCAAAGCAUCCUUCCGGCCGCAUGUCUACUACAAUUGAACGAAGUGCAGGAAGUGUGCUGCGAGUUCCUGAAAAAACAAUUAGAUCCAUCUAACUGCUUAGGCAUUCGGGCCUUUGCAGAUACUCAUGCAUGUCGAGAACUACUACGAAGUGCAGACAAGUACACUUUGCAUAAUUUUCAGGAUGUUGUUGGAACUGAAGAGUUUCAUCUUCUGCCGGUGAAUCAAUUGGUGGAUCUUAUCUCAAGUGAAGAACUUCAUGUCCGUUCAGAGGAACAGGUCUUUGCUGCUGUAGUGCAAUGGGUUCGAUUUGACUUAUCGUCGCGAAAGCAGUAUCUAUCUAAGUUGCUGGAACAUGUGCGGCUUCCGUUAUGUCAUCCGAAAUUUCUCGUUAGCACCGUUAGUGAAGAUGCAUUGGUAAAAGCUGAUGCUGCAUGCCGUGAUCUUGUGGACGAAGCGAAGAACUACUUGCUUUUACCACUGGAACGGGCAAACAUGCAAGGGCCUCGGACUCGACCAAGAAAACCUAUCAAAUUUGGAGAAGUGCUGUAUGCUGUGGGCGGAUGGUGCAGUGGAGAUGCCAUAGCCUCGGUAGAGCGUCUUGAUCCCGGAAAAGCAAUUCCUGUAUGGCAGUGUGUGGCUCCAAUGAGUAAGCGAAGAUGUGGUGUAGGCGUUGCCGUGGUGGACAAUUUGUUAUAUGCUGUUGGUGGCCAUGAUGGACAAACUUACUUGAACAGUAUUGAGCGAUUCGACCCUGCAACCAAUCAGUGGUCAUGUGAUGUUGCUCCAACGUCAACAUGUCGGACAUCAGUUGGUGUCGCUGUUCUCGAUGGUUUUCUGUACGCUGUCGGAGGCCAGGACGGUAUCAAUUGCCUUGACGUUGUUGAACGUUAUGAUGCUCGACGGAAUGAAUGGACCUGUGUAGCACCUAUGGGAACUCGCCGAUUAGGAGUAUCUGUUUCUGUGCUGAAUGGAUGUCUGUAUGCGGUAGGAGGAUCAGAUGGCCAGUCUCCUCUAAAUACAGUGGAACGGCUUGAUCCACGUGUUGGAAAGUGGGAUGUGGUACGACCAAUGUCGACAAGAAGAAAACACCUAGGUUCUGCAGUUUUUGACGGUCUUUUGUACGCAGUAGGAGGUCGAGAUGAUUCCUGUGAACUGAGCUCUGCCGAGAAAUAUAAUCCGGUGACAAAUGAGUGGACUGCAGUUGUGGCUAUGAACAAUAGGCGGUCAGGGGUUGGGCUCGCCGUUGUAAAUGAACGUAUGUACGCCGUUGGUGGAUUUGACGGCACAACCUAUUUGAAAACUGCCGAGGUUUUCGACCCAGAAGCAAAUCAAUGGAGACAUCAUGGUUGCAUGAACUACCGCCGUCUUGGUGGCGGUGUUGGAGUAAUACGAAUGCCCUAUCAACCUCAACAACCGGUAUACGAUGCGGACGGUACAUUUAGUCGGCAGCAUUUUCCCUCGGAUCUUUGUUGA